AUGCCGGCAGCGAUGAAGGCUGCGAUAUCGCUGGUGGGAAGCCAAGGCGUUGUCUCGGCCACCGAGGUCCUCCUCGUGGCCGCCAUCUUCUGCCUGGUCUUCCUGCUCAUCCAGUCCCUCCGGCAGCACGUGCCCAAGGGGCUGAAGAACCCCCCAGGACCCAGAGGCUACCCCAUCCUCGGCAACGUGCUGGAGCUGAGGAAGGACACGCACCUGGUCCUGACCAGGCUGAGCCAGAAGUAUGGGGACGUGAUGGAGAUCAGGAUCGGCACCCGGCCCGUCCUGGUGCUGAGCGGGCUGGACACCAUCAGGCAAGCAUUGGUGAAGCAAGGAGAAGACUUCAUGGGGCGCCCUGACCUCCACAGCUUCCAAUACAUUUCGAACGGCCAGAGCCUGGCCUUCAGCCCCGACUCAGGGGAGGUGUGGAAAGCCCGCAGAAAGCUGGCCCAGAACGCCCUGAAGACCUUCUCCAUCGCCCCCAGCCCCACCUCCUCUUCCACCUGCCUCCUGGAGGAACACGUCUCCAAGGAGGCCGACUACCUGGUCACCAAGUUCCUGCAGCUGAUGGAUGAGGAGAAGAGCUUUGACCUUAACCAGUACCUGGUGGUCUCUGUGGCCAACGUCAUCUGUGCCAUGUGCUUUGGCAAGCGUUACGACCACAACGACCAAGAGCUGCUCAGCUUGAUGAACCUCAACAAUGAAUUUGGGGACGUGGCUGCUGCUGGCAACCCCGCUGACUUCAUCCCCGUGCUCCAGUAUCUUCCCAGCCGCACCAUGGAGCUCUUUAAGGACAUCAACAGGCGUUUCAGUUUCUUUGUGCAAAAAAUUGUCCAGGAGCAUUACACCAGCUUUGAUAAGGAGCACAUCCGGGACAUCAUGGACUCACUGAUUGAGCACUGCCAGGAGACGAGCGUAGGGGAGGAUGCCCGCGUCCCGCUCUCCAAUGAGAAGAUCAUCAACAUCGUCAACGACCUCUUUGGGGCAGGCUUUGACACCGUGACAACUGCCUUAUCCUGGAGCCUCAUGUACGUCGCCUUGUACCCCGACAUCCAGAAGAGGAUCCAGGAAGAACUAGACCAGACCAUCGGCCAGGAGAGGAGACCGAGGCUGUCGGACCGCGGCACGCUGCCCCACACAGAAGCUUUUAUCCUGGAGAUGUUCAGGCACUCCUCCUUCCUGCCCUUCACCAUCCCGCACAGCACGACAAAAGCGACGGCGUUGAACGGCUAUUACAUCCCCAAGGAUACCUGCGUGUUUAUCAACCAGUGGCAAGUGAAUCACGAUGAGAAGCUUUGGAAGGACCCCUCGACCUUCAACCCCGAGCGGUUCCUCAACGCCGCGGGGACCGAAAUAAGCAGGACGGAGAGCGACAAAGUGAUGGCUUUCGGUUUGGGGAAGAGGCGAUGCAUCGGGGAGUCCAUCGGCCGGUGGGAGAUCUUCCUCUUCUUGGCCACCAUGCUGCAGCAGCUGGAGUUCAGCCUCCGCCCCGGGGAGGAGGUGGACAUCACUCCUCAGUACGGACUGACGAUGAAAUACAAGAAAUGCGAGUGCUUCCAGAUUAAGAAGCGUUUCCCCGUGAAGAGCUCUCCAUAA